AAAUCUCCAUUUAAUUCUUCCUAGAACUCGUAAUGAUAAACAGGGGUCAAUUUAAUAUGACCUGCUUUAUCAAUUUCCAAUAGAUUUCGGAUCGAAGUGUUCAGUGUUGUUAAAGUGUUCAAAAUGAAGGUACUCAUCUUUGUGGUAUGCUGCAUUGCAGCUUUAAAUUAUGUUGCUUGCUCAAGCAACGAUCAGAUUAUGCACAAGUUGAAGUAUGUUGAAACAUACCUUCAAGAGAAACAAGCUAUCGAUGAAGUGGGUUCAAGGAUGGAACAAAUUUGUCCAGGCUCGAAGCUGAAGUUUGAGAAAGCCAUCGAAGAAGUCACAACUUGCGGAAAUGAAAUUGACGAAACAGCUGAAACUUCCUGUUCAAUCAUAAAGAAUAAGAUGCCAAAAUGCCUAGAGCCUGUGAUGAAAGUGGUCAAGGAUUGUAUGCCAGAAGGAAGCAAGGAAAUCCCAGAUUUCAUCUUGAAAUCAUUCCUCCAAGGCAUUGAGUACAUUUGCAAAACUGACGGAGAACAUAUUUUUGAACUUGGAAACACCUGCUUGUACAAACCAAACCCCACUUUGGAUGUUUGCGGACGCAAACUCAGAAUGAGAUUCCACAGGUAUGAGAAGAAUGGAGUAGGAGUUGAAGAUAUCUGCAGUACAUUGCAUUACAUGAGGCCAUGUUUGAAGUCCCAUUUGAACCUUUCCUGUGGAAGCCCAAUUUCCAGAGAGGCUAUUCUUGGUUUUUACGAUGCCUUUUCAUCAAAAUGCAAAACUAUUGCAGAUGCGUCAUCCAACGAGCUGAAAGAAACACCAGAAAUCAAAGUUUCCCAGUUGGAGGACCUUUCCUAAAUAGUCCAAGUUUUAUCAUGAUGGGUGUUUGAAGAUGCAUGAUUCCCAUCAAAAACGUGCCUAUAAUUAUCCAUCAUGGAAUACAAAAUAUAAACUGUUAAUGUUUGUCUUUGAUAAUAAAUUUUUUUGAAAAAUCUUUCU